AUGUUUAAAAAAAUUCGAAAAUCCUUCCGCCGUGUCCGGGCCCGGCUGCGUGCCCUCCUCCACCGCCAACCACCUCCCGCCACCACCACCCCUCCUCCGGUCGAGCCGCCACCCCUCGGCCAUCACACUCCGCCUCCGGCCGAGCCGCCACCCCUCGGCCCUCCCCCCCCUCCUCCGGCGGAGCCUUCUCCCGACGCCUUCGCCGACAUGACUCCGCCGCCCGGGACCCCACUUCCUCCUUACGUUUCCGAGGCCGACUCGUCGGACGGUCUCCCCAUCUACCUUACCGAUGACUCUGAGUAG